AAAAAAAAAAAAAAAAGGAAGGGUUUCCUGCCAGGUGACUGAGCUGAAAUGGCACAGCCACAUCUGUGGACGUGGGGGCAGGGGGAUACACAACAGAGAGAGGAAAGUGGCAGCCAGUCCUAGGAAACUCUGCCUUCAGCUGUAGCUUCAUAAACCAUUUUGGCCAGCUUUGCUGUUGCAAUUAGGCCCAAGCUCUUUUGCCUGCAGCUACUCACUGUCACCCCUGAAAGCCUCUCCUUUUUGGUGUUUGUGCAGCUGUUCAGAACUCAGUGGGGGAACUGAUCUGAAACAAAAUUAAUAAUUUUUGUUGGAUUAUUCUGAUGGAGUUUGCAGCAUGCUAGCACAAGAAAGGGAUGUGGCCAAAGGACAGGGAAAAGCAACAGGGACUGGAAGGACUUUGCUAGCUCAAAGGAGUUUGGAAACAAGUAAAAGACCAAAGAGCCAGAGUUUAGGAAAAAGGAUGGUUCUGAAAUCAUAUGAGAGAGGUCUAUAAACUGAUAUGCUGGAAACAAAUAGGGCAUGAUCAUUCACUAUUUCUUAGAUGACAAAAUUGCAAGUACCCUGUAAAAUUAUUAAGCAAUUGAUCUAAAACCAGUGAGAAAAAGUUCCUAUCUAGCUUUUGUGCAAAUUUGAGACCUCCCCACCACUCCUGGAGGCAGGUGUACCAACAGAUCAAAAAGCUAUUUGACAAAUACAAAGAGAAGUGGUACAUUUGUGGCUAUUAGGGUUGCAGUGGAUACAGUUUUCACCUGAGAGCUUUUCCCCUGCACUUCAGGAGCUGAAAACAGAAAGAAAGACCACUUCAUGGUGGUUUACAUGUUUUCAUACCUCUUACCUGUAUCUCUGCUAUUGGCCACUGUCAGAUAGAAGAUACCAGCCUAGGGACAACUGCUUUGAAUGAGGCUGGCUUUUCUGUUUUCAUCUACUUUACUUCAACUAUAUGAAAUGUGAAUACAUUGUUUACAUUUGUUAUAUUACAUUUACAGUAUUUAUUGUGGAGACACGAAGUCUAUAUUAGAUAUAGCUAAAUGACAAAAUAAAACUAGACAAGCUCUUUUUCUGAAACAAAUUAUGCCACUGAGGUUUCUUGAAGAACGCAUAGACAUGGUGUUACUGGAGCUAUCUGUCACACUUACCCUUUGACAGAGUAGUACAGAUUAAAAGGGUGGUUUUAAAGCGGUGGCAGUAGAUAGCCUAAGAGCACCUCUGAGCUCUGACCCCACAGCUCUAGGUUACAGCUUCCCGCGGUGGAAGUGUCCUGUGGAACUUUGGAUGGACAGAAGACAGUAAAGCAUGGCUUGCAACAUAUUGGUAACAAACGGCAUUCAUCUCUUUCCUGGGGAGUUCAUCCUAAAAUACUGGAACAAACUGAAGUAGCAUUUCUGACAAAAACCUGUGUUGGUGCGUGGGGAGAGCCCAAGUUUCUAAUUUACGGCAGGACUGGGUUGGUGCCAGCUUCUCCCUUCCCAGUGAUGAGCCCGGAGCUAUUAAAGGGAUGCGCCUGGGGGUGAGGGCGCAGUCUCCCUGCCCGCGUCCUGCCCCUCGGCCCGACCCGCCGUGACCGCCCCCGCCGCUCCCGGGCAGGUACGCGGGGCCGGGCCGGCGGCCGCUCCGCCGCGAGGUGUGUCCGUGAGCAGCGGCUCGGCGGUGCCUUCUGAGGAUUGGGCAGGGCGGGCGAGCGGCUCCGCGGCUCCCCCGCCGGGCUCCGCCGCCGCGCUCCCGCAGUAGCAGCGCGCUCGGCCCCGGCCGCCGCCGCACCGUGAUGCCGCAUCCCGCGGCGCCCCUCGGGGCCGCCCUGCUGCUCGUCCUGCUGGCGGCGGACUCCUCGCAGACCGUGCUGCUGCGCGCCCCGGAGGCUGCCCAGUUCCUGCGGCAGCGGCGAGCCUACCAGAUCUUCGAGGAGACCAAGCAAGGGCACCUGGAGAGGGAGUGCGUGGAGGAGCACUGCAGCAAGGAGGAGGCCCGGGAGGUGUUUGAGAAUGACCCCGAGACGGAAUAUUUUUACCCGAAAUAUUUGGCUUGCAUUCAGAAAUAUGGGUCACCAUAUACGAGAAAUCCAGAUUUCCUUACAUGUGUUCAUAAUUUGCCAAACCAGUGUUCUCCCAAUCCUUGUCACAAAGAAGGGACUGUCAAAUGUGAGGAUCUCAAGGGAGACUUCUAUUGUGAAUGCAAGCGUGGCUGGCAGGGGAAAAAAUGUGAAAAAGAUAUUGAUGAAUGCAGAACGCAGAACGGCGGCUGUAACCAGCUCUGCCUCAACAAGCUAGGCAGCUACCGGUGCUCAUGCUACAGUGGUUAUGCUCUUAAAGACAGCAAAAUAUGUGAAGACAUAGAUGAAUGCACAUCAUCAGCAGACAUCUGUGGAGAAGCUCACUGUAAAAAUUUAAUAAGCUCAUAUGAAUGUCUUUGCGAUGCAGGCUACAAGUACGAUGACGUGAGGAAAACCUGUCAGGAUAUAGAUGAAUGCAAAGAAAAGCUCUGUGAACAGACCUGUGUCAACUCACCAGGGAGUUACACUUGUCAUUGUGAUGGCAGAGGGGGAGUGAAACUUUCCCAGGACAUGAAUACAUGUGAGAACAUCAUACCAUGUGUGCCUUUUGCUGUUGGGAGGAGUGUUAAAUCCUUGCACCUGGGGAGGAUGUUCAGCGGCACUCCUGUUAUCAGGCUGCGCUUCAAAAGGAAACAACUGACGAGACUUGUGGCUGAGUUCGACUUUAGAACCUUUGAUCCUGAAGGUAUCCUUUUCUUUGCUGGAGGCCAUCAAGACAGCACAUGGAUAGUGUUGGCUUUGCGCAAAGGACGGCUGGAGCUGCAGCUGAAAUACAACGGGAUCGGCCGCGUCACCAGCACCGGGCCGCUCAUCAACCAUGGCAUGUGGCAAACGAUCUCUGUUGAGGAACUUGAAAGAAAUUUGAUUAUAAAGGUCAACAGGGAUGCAGUUAUGAAAAUAGCUGUCUCAGGAAACCUGUUUACACUGGAAAAGGGAGUGUAUCAGCUGAAUUUGACAGUAGGAGGCAUUCCUUUCAAAACAAAGGACCUUAUUCUACCAAUAAACCCACGGCUGGAUGGUUGCAUGCGGGCGUGGAACUGGCUGAAUGGGGAGGACACCUCUAUCCAAGAGACCAUAAAGAUGAAUGAAAAGAUGCAGUGCUUUGCUGUAGCAGGACGAGGCUCUUUCUAUCCUGGACGAGGUUUUGCUGUGUUUAAUCUAACUUACAUGCAACCUCCUUCUGGAAAUGAAACCAUGACAAAUUGGGAAAUCGAAGUAAAUGCUGUAAUUCAACCAGCAACAGACACUGGUGUGCUGUUUGCCCUAGUUACAGAAGAAGCAUCUGUCCCUUUAUCACUAUCUCUGAUUGACUAUCACUCCACAAAGAAACUGAAGCAACAGUUUAUCAUCGUGGCCGUGGAGAACACAGUUGUGUCCAGACUGGCAAUAAAUCUCUGUGAUAAAAAGGAACACUCUGUAGAUGUCCUCCUCAAGAAAGAUCACUUAUCCCUGAGGGUAGAUGGGGUAGCAGGAGAGAGUGAACUCAGCAUCUCUGAGUUGGAGGACAGUCUGUCCACCUUGGAGAGCUCUUUGCAGUCAACGAAGACAUACGUGGGAGGAUUGCCAGACGUUCCUGUCACCUCCACUCCGGUCACCGCGUCCUACCACGGCUGCAUGACUCUCAAGCUGAGCAACACGGCACUGGACUUAGAUGAGGCUCUCUACAAGCACAGUGACAUCACCUCACAUUCCUGUCCUCCAGUCCAGGAGGGUCAGUAGGUACCACUGCAAUGCGAAAGUUUUAUACUCAGAAACUUUCAGUGCUUUUCUUUUUUUAAAAGAUAUAAAUUAUUCAGAUCUACCGCACUGCGUGUAUAGUUUCUCUUAAACACUGAAGUUACGUAGAAGCUACUGAUCCUUAUGUCAAAUUGAUUAUUGAAAUACUCUUUGCUUUGAGGUUUAAAGGUUGUAAUAUAUUUGUAAAUAGUUCAGAAGACUAAUAUUAAAUAAGUCAAAACAGAAUGUACUGAAAGUGAAUACUAUCUUUAGACUGUAAGAGACAGUUUCAUCUGUAAUGUGGGAAACCUGGUAAUAUAUGAGUGUGGACUGGAAGAAAAAUAAGAAUUCUGUAUUAUUUUUUAUUACCGAACAUUGCUUUCUGAUUUGCAAAAUACGAGAGAAUAAAAUAUUUACAUACAA